AUGUUUGUGCACGCAUCUUGUUUCCCUCGAGAAUCCCACACUGACCUCAAUCGUGUGCAGCCUCCCCGGGACAUCAAAGUCAAACGAAAAGACCUCCUCAAUGAGGAAGACAUCCUCGACGACCUCGCCCCCGACGCGAUCGAGCCCUUCCCCAUCGACGUCCCCGAGGAGAUCCGCGAGGUUACCGUCACCCGUGCCCAGCUUUCGACGCGCUUUGGGGGCAGCCCUCAAGACCCCCAUCCCGUGCCCAGAGCCGAGCUUCUCGCCGAACACGGCCGCGACAACUUCAUGUGCCUCAACUUGAUGUACAACCCCCACGCUCCGACCAGCCCUGGCUUCCCCGGACUCUCCUUCCACCCGCUGGCGUUCCUCGAUGACGCGCCGCCCCUUCGGAGACAGGCGCUGUUCAUCCGCCUCAAUGCGAACAAAUGGCGCUACAUGGGUGACUACGUGGAAGAGCCCUCCAGCGUGCUUUCGGUCGAGCGAUGGCGUCGGCUGACACCGAGGGUUCGCAAGAAGUGGAACAAGGGGAUCGCGACCAAGAAAUGGGGGUCGUUGUAUCGUGCUCGCGUCAGCCUGCGAAGGUCUCUUGGGAGAGAGCCGACUCGCGCCGAGAUUCAAAAUGCGAAGGGGCCGUUCAGAGAUGUCACGCAAGAUCAUCUCGCCGCUGCGUUCGAUAGCGGCUUAGAGCGCAUGCGAGCGUGGACAAUGAAAUGCGUCGGCUACGACGAGGAGCUGCAGCGCAUCUGCGUUGAGAUCUCGCGCAUCCCACCUGAACCUGCGCAGCGGAGUCGUCGUCGGCCGAAACGAAAGGCGAAGGCAUAG